CACUGGUAAUCGCCGUCAAAAUUCCCUCUUAAAUCGAAAACUCGAAAGCCCCUCACAAAUCCUUAAAAAAUAAAUAAACAAAAUAAAAAUAAAUUCGCUUCGCCUUCCAAAACAUAUAAAAGGAACUCACUAACCACGCACUCGGAUUUUCAAGGAAUCUAAUUAGAAUAUGAAACGCAAGCGUGGGAAUAAGAAAGCGAAGAGCAAAGUUGCCCCUGUAAUCAGUGCUAAUGAGACGAGCGGAAAUAAGGAAGAAGCAUCUGGUUUGGAUGAAUAUGGUAACAAUAAAUCUGACUCUGGAAUGGAAGCUGAUACGCCUUCCUCGACUGGGACAGACCACCAUUACAACCUUGCCAGCAUAAAUCCUGAUGGUUCUGUUGAGAAGGCAGCAGGGAAAUCGGUUGGGCGUGUUAAAGUGAAGCUCAGGACGUCAAAAAUGUUAGAUUCCCAGCUUACUUCUUCUGAUGCUCCUACUCAAAGCGAUACUGACAAGAGUAGCCAGCAUCAAGGGCUUGAGAAACAAGGUGUAAAUACUGAGAGAACGGAAGACAGUGCUAAUUCAUUGCCUGAGAUUAAAUUGAGUGUUCUCUCAAAGAAAGCUGGGAGCAUAAAAAUUAAGUCAUCAAAGGUCUUGGGAUCAAGUUCUAGCCAGACAGGAAAAGUUUUGCCCCCAUCGGGUGGUCAUACUCAUCAUAAAGAAACCAAUGCCACUAAAAAAAAUCCACGAUACAAUAAGCAAGAAUUGGAUGCUGCUUUAGUGGUUAUAAGAAAGGUGAUGAGGAUGGAUGCUGCCGAACCUUUUAAUGUUCCUGUAAAUCCUGAGGCUCUGGGAAUCCCUGACUAUUUUGAUAUUAUAGACACGCCAAUGGAUUUUGGAACUAUAUGCAGCAAUCUCGAAAGGAAUGACAAGUAUAUGAAUUCAGAGGACGUAUUUAAAGAUGUUCAAUACAUUUGGAGCAAUUGUUACAAGUAUAACAAUAAGGGUGACUAUAUCUUGGAUCUUAUGAGGCGAGUGAAGAAGAAUUUUAUGAAGUACUGGAGUGCAGCUGGAUUAUACAGUGAACAAUCGAGAGGACCUAGAGCAGAUGAUGGAGGACAGUCUGGUGAAGGAAAAGUAGCGAAGGGCAGUCAAGCGAAGCAAAAGUCAAAAAAGCGUCAUGGAAGACGCCACAAACACGAUUGUUUAUGUGCUAUUUGUGUUCUAAAGCGCCGGAGAAGGGAAAGGGAAGAGAGUGCCCGAAUUGCCAAGGCCAGUAUUGGAUCUGGCGAUGAUAGACAUGCCAGAGAGAAACAAGAGGAAUCCAUGCAGGUAGAUAGCCCUGGAAGCGAGGAUUCAUCCUCAAAUAUGGAUGAAUCUCAGAGCACUGAUGGGGAUGUUGAGGAGGAAAAAGGAGAGGAACUGAAAACGGAGGCUGGUGACAAACAGUUUAGUCCUUCUGAGGGGAAGCAAAAGGACAUGGACACUGAUGAUGGGGAUGAUGAAGAUGAAGAUGACGACAAUGAUGAGGAAGAAGGGGAGGUGGAGGAGGAUGGAGAGGAGGAAGAUGAAGAGACUGAGGGAGGCAUUCAGAAGAAACACAAGGGUGAGAAUCUCAAGCCGUUACAUCCUGGAGAUGAGACUGCUGUUAAAGGAGAACAACAAGAAGGACAAGCUUUGGCUAUCCAGCAACAGAAGCUCAAGGAAUCCCGGAAUAAACAGGAGAGAGCCAAGUUGCUUGAGAAAUUUUGUUAUGAUAACCCUCAGCUUUCCAGCUUAUGUGCAGCUCUGUUUCCUAAAAGCAGUGUAUCUGUAUGGAGUGGUCCAAACUCACUGAAUCAUCAGCGUAAAACUUUUGGUACUCGUACUAAUUCCAUUUCUGCUGCUGUUCAGACUCUGAUGAAGUAGUUUUUGCUUUUGAUUUGUUUCACUACUGUCAAAACAACCUGAAUUUUAUGUUACUUGAGUUGUUUUGACUGACUUUUACUUUCCUCAGCGUAUGAUGGUCAUUAACUUCAGGGAUUAUGAAAGCAAAAGAGCGAAUUUGAAUAAUUCUGCAUCCCCCCAGUCUUCUUAUAAUUUGAAUAGGGCAUUGUGUUUGUCAGCAGCUUAUUUUAUAAAAGCUUAAGUUUCCUGAUUACUUUUCUUGUAAUAUAAUUUUGGCACUGCUUCUGCAAACAUCAUUGCUAACUUUUAGUUUCACGGUAUCUCAACCAUAUUUUUUCCC